AUGAGACCGAGAAGGUUUGUGCACCCCGAGGCAGCGACUCUGUUCUCUAAGUGGCCGUGGGUGCGACGGGUGCCGAUAUUUGGUGAAGCUGUCGAGGGCUACGGGCCCAAGGUCAUCGUCGCUCUUGGAGCUACCAACCUGCUCUGCAGGGGCCUCGCGGAUCGCAUCCUGACGGGUCAGACGUACGCCAUGAUGAUGGAUCGCUACGGCAUCAGUGUUCCCCGCUACCAGCGCCUGUCCACCAUCGCUACGAUGGGGUGGUCCAUCAAGGCCUUCACCGCGAUGCUCUGCGACGGCUUCGCCUUCCUCGGCUACACGAAGCGCUGGUGCAUGUUCAUCUCCUGCGUCGGCGGUGGUGCGUUCGCCCUCCUCUACGGCCUGCUGCCCGCGAAGGAGGCGUCGGCUGAUGUGGCAGCCACCUUCAUCUUCCUGUCGACGUGGGGCAAGGCCAACGUGGAUAUCCUGUCGGAGGGCCAUUACAGUCGACUGAUGCGCGAGAACCCGAAGCCUGGCCCGUCCAUGGUGAGCUGGAUCUGGUUCUGGAUCAUGGUAGGGGCCAUCAUCGCGACUGUGAUGAACGGCCCGCUCGCGGAUGCCGGGAAGCCGCAGAUCAGCAUCUUCGUGUCUGCCGCGCUGCAGGCCAUCACCUGUGUCUUCUACCUGUUCAACUGGUACGGGGAGAAGAAGAACCGCGUGCUGCGCUCCGAGGACGCGCUGUUUAUUCUGGAGGAGACCCGCAAGGAGCGUGAGCGCCUGGGUCUCGAGGGGGUGAACGACGGCACGGCGGGUGCGCAGCAUGGUGGUGCGGCGAAGGGGAAGAAGAGCCCGCAGCACUCGCACUCGGAUGAGGACGUGGAGGGUGCCGUACGGGACGCCCUCAACGAUGGUCAGCGCGACAACGGUGAACUUGUGCAGGACGUCUACGACGACGCGUAUGACGACGGCGAGGGGGUGGCCGAGGGCGAUGUGUACUACGGCAAGCCGCCGGUGCCGUGCCUGUUCGGGCUGUUCGAGGCAAACACGGAGGUGAUUUCGAAGAACUGGAAGAUCUUCGUGUACAGCGUCGUCAUGACCUGUGCUGUGAUCACGAUGCUGUGUGCCAACAUGCUGGCCGACACGCUGGGCCUCCUGGUUGCGUGCGUCGUUGUGUCGACCAUCUGCUGCGCCACGUCCUUCUGGGCCCUGCCGCUGGUGAUUGCGAAGGCCAACGUGUUUGGCUACCUCCAGCAGGCGGUGUACAUCAACAUCGCGAGCCCCCUCAUGACCUUCUACCUGAACUCAUACAACUGUGAGGAGAACUUCCCGAACUUUAGCUACAGUUUUUACAACACCGUUGCGGGCGUGAUCGGCAAAUUCGCAGCGCUGGCUGGCGUGUCCGCAUUCAACUGCAUAUUCUCGAAGUGCAGCUACCGCCUCACCUUCUGCGUGACCACGUUCGCGCAGGUUCUGGGCGGAAUGACGGAUAUUGUGAUUGUGAAGCGGUGGAACCUGUACAUUGGCAUCCCUGACCACGCCAUGUACAUUUGGGGUGCGGCUGUAGUGAGCGAGGUGUGCUACAUGCUUGGCUAUAUGCCGAUGGUUGUGCUGCUGUCUCGCCUGUGCCCUCGUGGCUCGGAGAGUGUCGUGUAUGCGCUGAUGGCGGGCUUCGCGAGCCUGGGACGCUCGACUUCCGCGUCCCUCGGUGCGAUCAUCAUGGAGUACGGCCUGCCUGUGUUCAAGACCCAGGACGAUGGUUACCGUUGCGGCAUGGAGAAUCUUGCAUGGCUGCUGUUUGUGUGCAAUGUGUGCGCGCCUCCGCUCGUGCUGCCGCUGACUCUGCUGCUGCCGAAGGCGCGCAUCUGCGACGAUGUCGACAUUGACGGCAAGGCGUUGCGCAGGAAGGUAGACGCGGAGUUGAUGGCGGUCGAGACAGGCGAGUUGCAGUCGCCGCCCUCGUCGGCUGAGAACGCCCGUGCGACGAAGGCACAGGACGACGAGGCAACGCGAGAGAAAGUCUAG